AUGGAGGCAUCUGCCCCCGCCACUGCCCUGGAGAAGAAAGAAGGCAAAGGUGGGAUCCUGGAGACCAGCGCUUUCCCUGACCCCGGCAAAAAGGCCGCUCCUCUUGCUCUGGCAGCGGCUGUGGCCGCCCAAGGAGUGCCCCAGCACCUCCUGCCACCGUUCCACGCACCCUUGACUAUUGACAUGCGCCAUCAGGAGGGACGCUACCAUUACGAGCCACAUUCUGUCCACGGCGUGCCCGGGCCUCCUACCGUGAGCGGCAGCCCCGUCAUCUCCGACCUCUCCUUGAUCCGACUGUCCCCACACCCUGCCGGGCCUGGCGAGUCCCCCUUUAGCGCACCCCACGCGUACAUGAAUCCCCACGUGGAGCACUACCUCCGUUCUGUGCACAGCAGUCCCACGCUCUCCAUGAUCUCCGCGGCGAGGGGCCUCAGCCCUGCAGAUGUGGCCCACGAGCACCUGAAAGAAAGAGGGCUAUUUGGCCUCCCCGCCCCUGGUGCCAACCCCUCUGACUAUUACCAUCAGAUGACGCUCAUGGCCGGCCACCCCGCGCCCUAUGGGGAUCUGCUCCCACAGACCGGGCCUGCAGCUGGCACACCACAUCUCCAUGACUACCUCAACCCAGUGGAGGUGUCGCGCUUCUCCAGCCCACGCCUGACCCCCCGUCUGAGCCGCAAGCGGGCACUGUCCAUCUCCCCGCUGUCGGAUGCCAGUCUGGACCUGCAGCGCAUGAUCCGGACCUCGCCCAACUCACUGGUGGCCUACAUCAACAACUCACGCAGCAGCUCGGCGGCCAGCGGUUCCUACGGGCACCUGUCAGCCGGAACGCUUAGCCCAGCCUUUACCUUCCCACACCCCAUCAACCCCGUGGCCUACCAGCAGAUCCUAAGCCAGCAGCGGGGCCUGGGAUCAGCCUUCGGACAUACGCCACCCCUGCUCCAGCCCUCACCCACCUUCCUAGCCCAGCAGCCCCUGGCCCUCACCUCCAUCAACGCCACUCCAUCCCAGCUCAGCAGCAGCAACUGUGUGAGCGACAGCAGCCAGAACAAGCAGAGCAGCGAGUCGGCCAUGAGCAGCACCGUCCACCCCAUGGCCAUUCACAAACGCAGCAAGGUCAAAUCCGAAACAGAGGGCCUGCGGCCAGCUUCGCCGCUGGUGCUGACACAGGGUUCUUCUGGUUUCGGCUCACAUGGACCUGUACUUCUUCACCAGGAGCAGCUGGCUGACCUCAAAGAAGACCUGGACAGGGAUGAGUGCAAACAGGAGGCCGAAGUGGUCAUCUACGAGACCAACUGCCAUUGGGAAGACUGCACCAAAGAGUAUGACACCCAGGAGCAGCUGGUGCACCACAUCAACAACGAGCAUAUCCAUGGGGAGAAGAAGGAGUUCGUCUGUCGCUGGCAGGCCUGCACGCGGGAGCAGAAGCCCUUCAAGGCACAGUACAUGCUGGUGGUACACAUGCGGCGGCACACGGGUGAGAAGCCACACAAGUGCACGUUCGAGGGCUGCUCCAAGGCCUAUUCUCGUCUGGAGAACCUGAAGACGCACCUGAGGUCCCACACCGGGGAGAAGCCGUACGUGUGUGAGCACGAGGGCUGCAACAAGGCCUUCUCCAACGCCUCGGACCGUGCCAAGCAUCAGAAUCGCACUCAUUCUAACGAGAAACCCUACAUCUGCAAGAUCCCGGGCUGCACCAAGAGGUACACAGACCCCAGCUCUCUGCGCAAGCAUGUGAAAACAGUCCAUGGCCCCGACGCUCACGUCACCAAGAAGCAGCGCAAUGACGUGCACCUCCGCACCCCACUACUCAAGGAGAUUGGGGACAACGAGGCCAAUGGUGGCAGCGGUGAGCCGGGCAGCCGUGGGCCCGAGGAGAGUGCCGAGGCCAGCAGCAGCAGCCAGGCCAUGGAAGACUGCCUACACGGCAGAGCUAUCAAGACUGAGGGCCCCGGGCUGUGUCAGGCCAGCCCCGGGGCCCGGUCAUCCUGUAGCAGCGAGCCCUCUCCCCUGGGCAGUGCCCCCAACAACGACAGCGGCGUGGAGCUGCCGGGGCCGGGGCCCGGGAGCCUGGGAGAUCUGACCGCACUGGAUGACACACUCCCCGGGGCCAAUGCCACGGCCCUGGCGGCCCCCUCCUCCGCCACCACCGUGGGCAGCAGCCUGCAGCUGCGCAAACACAUGACCACCAUGCACCGUUUGGAGCAGCUGAAGCAGGAGAAGUUCAAGUCGCUCAAGGACUCCUGCUCCUGGGCCGGACCUGCUCCACACACCCGGAACACAAAGUUGCCUCCUCUGCCGGGAAAUGGCUCCAUUCUCGAUAACUACGGCAACGGUGGGGGCGGGGUGCCGGCCGGACUGCUGUCCAGCUCGCGGCAGCCCGAGCCAGGCGCCAGCGAGGUGACCAUGCUGAGCCAGCUGCAGGAGCGCCGCGACAGCUCCACCAGCACCGUCAGUUCGGCCUACACAGUGAGCCGCCGCUCCUCCGGCAUCUCGCCUUACUUCUCCAGUCGACGUUCCAGCGAGGCUUCACCACUGGGUGCCGGCCGGCCGCACCACGCCAGCUCCUCCGCUGACUCUUACGACCCCAUUUCCACCGACGCAUCACGACGUUCCAGCGAGGCCAGCCAGUGCAGCGGGGCCGGCUCAGGACUACUCAACCUCACGCCCGCCCAGCAAUAUAGCCUGCGUGCCAGGUACGCCGCGGCCACAGGAGGACCACCGCCCACGCCGCUGCCGGGCCUGGAGCGCAUGAACCUGCGCACGCGGUUGGCGCUGCUGGAUGGCCCUGAAUGUGCACUGCCCGCCACCUGCCCGCGCCUGCUGGCGCCGCGCCGUGGCAGUGAUGGACCAACCUACGGCGGGCAUGGCCAAGGUUCCAUGGGGGCUGCACCCACCUUCCCCCACGAGGUCCCCGGCGCCACCACCCGCCGGGCCAGCGACCCAGUGAGGAGGCCCCUGGAUGCUCUGACACUGCCGCGGGUGCAGCGUUUCCACAGCGCCCACAACGUAAACCCUGGGCCACUGCCUCCCUGCGCUGAGCGCCGAGGCCUCCGCCUGCCAAGCCACCCGAGCACCACCGCAGACGGCAGCCUAGUUCACAGCGCCUACUCCCCUCGGCCACCUAGCAUCAGUGAGAACGUGGUGAUGGAGGCCAUGACCUCGGGGGCGGACGGCACUGCUCCCGAGUCUGACCUGGGGCUGCCAGAGGAUGACCUGGUGUUACCGGAUGACGUGGUACAGUACAUCAAGGCACGCACCAGGGGCGCUCUGGAGGCCAGCUCCAGGCAGGUGCAACCUUCGGAAAGCCCUGGCUUCUCCCACAGCCCCAAGCUUCCCAGCCCCGGGCUGCAAAGCCAACGCAGGCUAAUGGCUGCAGACUCCAAUGUGGGCCCCUCAGCCACUGGGCUAGGAGGCUGUCACCUGGGCUACGGGACCCCCUCCAGCCUCAACAAAAACAGCAUGCCCGUGCAGUGGAACGAAGUUAGCUCAGGCACCAUGGACACCCUGGCCCACCAGGCCAAGCCUCCUCCCUACCCAACCAACAACCUGGCCAUAGUGCCACAAAAGGCAGCCUUUGGCCAAUACCCAGGCUACAGCCCACAGGCCCUGCAGCCGAGGCCUGGAAACCUGGACAGCACCCAGUCGCACCUGCAGCCCCGCAGCGGUGCUGGAGUGCCUGCUGCAGCCAGGGUGAACUUUAUGCAGCAGCAGCAGCUGCGACAGCCGGCCAUGGGCAAUCAGUGUGCCAACUUGACCUCCACUGGGAGUCCCCACACUGGUUAUGCUCAAGGCCACUCCCAGCAGUUCUCAUCCUGCAACAACAUGGCAGCCAAGCCAGGCCACGUGGGGCUCCCUCAACAGAUGGAAAUAGCCUCUGCAGGCCCCAUGGCACUGAGCAGCCACCACAGGGACCUUGGGGUCCCCAGUUCUUCCUUGGCUGGGAUACCACCACCUCACGCAGCCCAGGGCUACCCACAACAAAGCCAUCAUUUGGGCACUUCCAUGGACCAAGAGAGUUACCGCCAGGGCUCUAGCAGUCUCCUACCUUCCCAUCAGCCUGGUUUCAUGGAGUCCCAGCAGCUGGGUCCCACAGGAGCAGCUGCACCCAACUUUGGCCUCCUGCAGCCCCAGCCACCCCCAGAGCCCAACCCUGCUGGCCGCCAUCGUGGAAUGCGUGCCGGGCAGCAGCAGCAGCUGGCCUAUGCCAGGGCUACCAUGCCAGCCAACCAAGAACCAGCCGAGGCAGUGCCUAAGGGAGCGAUGGGCUCAGUGCUGCCCCUGCCUCCUCAGGAUACAGAUGGAGCUCAGGACCUGCUCUACUACUAUGGCCAGAUCCACAUGUAUGAGCAGGAUGGAGUCCCAGACGGCCCCCAGCAGUCCCAGCAGGCACAACCGCAGGCUUGCUCAGACAGCGUGCAGCCCCAGCCCUUGCCAUCACCAGGGGUCGACCAGGUGUCCAGCACAGUGGAUUCACAGCUCCUGGAGGCCUCCCAGAUUGACUUUGAUGCCAUCAUGGAUGACGGCGACCACUCCAGCCUGUUCUCGGGAGCCCUGAGCCCCAACCUGCUACACAACCUCUCGCAGAGCUCCUCGCGUCUCACCACACCCCGCAGCUCCCUGGCCCUGCCUACCCUCCCCACGGGCUUCAGCAACAUGGCCGUAGGGGACAUGAGCUCCAUGCUGAGCAGCCUGGCUGAGGAGAGCAAGUUCCUGAACAUGAUGACGUAA